AUGUUGUCACGGGUCUCUCGCCAGAAAAAUGCGCUUUUCCACCUCCGGAAGGCCAAUGCCAUCCGAGCAUUAGGAGCCUCCUCCCCAAUGGCAGCUCGCCUACACUCGAAUCCGAGUCAAACGAGUCCUGUCGUGAAUACACUACACAAACCUUCAAAAGAACGAUCACGACGACUGUCACUCCAGUUACAUCGCAACCUCGCGACUGCCGCCGAUCAGUCCGCUCUUGACCAACCUUCCUCCUACGUUCCUCUGAACCAGCCUCCAUUUUCACCCUCGAUCGAUGGAUCCGAUCUCAUUAAUUAUUCAUCUCCUUUCCGACAAAGGCCAAACUCCUUCGACAGCUCUUCCUUGGUUAUCGUGAAUGAAAUUCCAUCGACCCAACAGAAAGUAUUUCGGAAAAGACGAGGAAUCGGUGGCGAUGAGGAGGAGAUGUUAGCGAACUUUGACAUGUCUCUGAGGGUUGGCCGAUUUGACCGUGCUGCUGCGUUGAUCGACCGUUUAAAGUCAUUUUACUCUGUCGACUCACAUGAGUUCCUGGUUCUCCACAAUCGCUAUCUUGAACAGAUGGUAUCGCACAUGAUCGUUACUCGGCAGUCUGAGAUGGUUCUGCCUUUGCAAAAAUGGUUCGAAGUCGACAUGCCGCAUGCGGGUGUCACGGCCAAUGAUUUUACUUUUGCUGUCAUGAUACGCAUGGCUUUGCGUAUGCUUCACGGCUCUAAGCGAGACCGAACAGUUCGUCGGUAUUGGGAUUUGGCCAAAAAGGCCGGUUUGGAAGAGGAUCUUUUGGCCGUCGAGGUACUUACAGAUUUGGACUUAGGCGAGCUGUCCAAGGUAAGAAUAUUCUCAACGUUUUUCGUUAUGAUGGAUCCCUUUCCAUCUCAUGACUCCUUACUAAACGACCCGAAACAUCAGAUAUGUUCCUACGAUUUACUCCCUACCACGUUCGAAGAAAUGAAGUUCGAUGAAAGCCCAAUCCCCGAUGUUCGACCUGCCGAUAACACCCCCGAAGUACUAGCUACAAGGCAAAAGGGUUUAGGCUUGUCUUCACUUCAAGCAUCAUUGUCUUCGCUCGCGGACAUGUCCCAAAUUGCCCUGCCUCAAGACUUCCAAGGCACCGAGCAGGAACGGGAGGAUAUCAUCAAUCAAUUCAGGCAACAAAAGCUCGAAACAGAUACUAUGACUACAGCCUCGAACCGUUGGCGCAAGGAGUUUGAACAAAGAAGCAAGGUUGGCGUCGAUAUGAGUUCUGGCAAUUCGAAGCUCAGUCAUAUGAUCGGCCAGUGGCACACAGGUCUUGCCGAGGCCAUUCGAAAUGAGAUCAAACUCGCUGAGGAAGAGGAAGGGAAACCCAUCCGCAACGAGGAGCAAGCCGCUCGGUGCGAGUAUUCCGUUUUCCUCCAAGCUCUGGACCCGGAUCGCUUGGCUGCGGUUACCAUAAUUUCCACGAUAGACGCGUUCACUAGGGGAGGGAUUCAAAAGGGCGUGAAGGUCUCUGGGGUUGCCACAAGGGUAGGCGAAGAUAUCAAGGACGAGUUAUUGGCCGAUACCUUCCUCAAGAAAAAUGUGGCGGGCAACUUCCGCCGUGCCCAAAUGCUGAAGGAAAUGCUCGCUAACAGGAGAGGCAAGGAUGGGCGGAUGCGAUGGAAGGCUCUGUCCGAGAAUCUGCAAAAGGAGGAACCACAACUUGCUUGGACGCCUCGAGUCGUAGUCAGGACGGGAGCCGUACUGAUGGGCCUUCUAUUCAACGUCGCAAAGGCCUCUGUCAGGACCACGGAUGCCACAACUGGCAAGAAUAUCACUACGACGCAGCCGGCGUUCCUGCAUUCAUAUGAAAUCCACUAUGGAAAGCGUUUGGGUCUAUUUUACAUGAACCCAGACAUCGUGGAAAAACUUACUAAGGAGCCCCCGGCGGACAUGUUGAGUCGCCAUCUUCCUAUGAUAUCCAAGCCCCGGCCGUGGACAGGAGCGAAAACAGGAGGAUAUCAUGUAUAUCAAAGUUCCAUUGUUCGAACUACUCCCGGUGAGACUCUCCAGCCAGCAUAUAUCGAUGCUGCCUUGGAGAAUGGUGGUCUUAAGGAAAUUCGAAAUGGACUUAACGUUCUCGGAAACACCGGAUGGGUUGUCAACCGCGAAGUGUUUGAUGUUAUGCUUGAAGCUUGGAAUUCCGGGGAAGCUAUCGGGAAUCUGGCACCGGUGGAACCGGAUCUUAAAAUUCCACCGAAGCCAGCUGCGGACGCUGGUUACGAGGCCGAGAAGGAAUGGAAUGUUAAAAUGCGUGACAUCGAGAAUUUACGAUCUGGAUUUCAUUCGAUGCGAUGCUUCCAGAACUUCCAAUUGGAAGUUGCUCGUUCAUUUCGAGAUGAAACCUUCUAUCUGCCUCACAAUAUGGACUUUCGAGGCCGAGCCUACCCUCUUCCUCCUUAUCUCAACCAGAUGGGAUCCGACAAUGCCCGGGGUCUCCUUCUGUUCAGCAAAGCCAAACCACUUGGCGUGAGUGGAUUGCGUUGGCUGAAGAUCCAAAUCGCAAACUUGGCUGGAUUCGACAAGGCAAGCAUGUCUGAGCGUGAGCAGUUUGCUAUGGAUCACCUAGAUGAAAUUCUCGACUCUGCCAACAAGGGUCUCCAUGGUAAACGUUGGUGGUUGAAAGCCGAGGAUCCGUGGCAAUGUCUGGCGGCCUGCCUUGAGCUCCGCAAUGCUCUGCGCUACUCCGAUCCAACUGAAUAUCCCUCUCGACUUCCUAUCCAUCAAGACGGUUCCUGCAAUGGUCUCCAGCACUAUGCCGCGCUCGGAGGCGACAAAGUCGGUGCUCAGCAAGUCAACCUAGAGCCAUCGGACCGACCGUCUGACGUUUACACUGGUGUCUCCGAAUUUGUGAAGAAGUCGGUAGCUAAGGAAGCUGCUGAAGGUCACGAGAUUGCUCGACUUCUUAAUGGCAAAAUCACCCGGAAAAUCGUCAAGCAAACAGUCAUGACUAACGUCUAUGGUGUGACUUUUAUUGGAGCAAUGCGGCAAGUCCGCAAACAACUCAAUGACCAUUACCCUGAGUUGUCAACUGAGAUGAGGAAAGCCGGUGCUCUGUAUAUUGCAAGAAAGAUUUUCGAGGCUUUGGGCUCCAUGUUCAACGGAGCUCACGAUAUUCAGUACUGGCUCGGUGACUGCGCCACUCGUAUCACACAAUCUCUGACCCCCGAACAAAUUGAGACUUUGACGAACGAGGCACUAUCACCCAGUAAGGAUACUCCAAAAGCUCUGGAUCCAACCAAAAGGUUUCAGACAACCGUUAUCUGGACAACCCCUCUCGGCCUGCCUGUGGUCCAGCCAUAUCGCACCAGAAAGGCGCGACGUGUCUUCACUUCAUUGCAAUCCAUCAACAUCGUGGACCCAACUUCGGAAGCUACUGUCUCUCGUCGCAAGCAACUCCAGGCUUUCCCUCCGAACUUCAUUCACUCUCUUGAUGCCACUCAUAUGAUGUUGUCUGCCAAUGCUUGCAACGAAGCUGGUCUCACUUUCUCGGCUGUCCACGACUCUUUCUGGACUCAUGCCGGUGAUGUCGACACAAUGAAUUCAAUUCUGCGCGAUGCGUUCGUGCGCAUGCAUUCUGAUGAUGUUAUCGGACGCCUGGACGCUGAGUUCAAGGUCCGUUUUGGCAAAAACAUGCUCCUAGCAAAGGUUGCAACCCAGAGCGCGGUUGGGAGGGCUAUCAAUGCUUAUCGCAAGCGCAACGCACGGGGUGGUAAGCUUCCGGAGCUAAUCCAAGAAAACCGUCGCCAAACACUACUGCGUUCUGAUGAUCCUGCCGAUCAAGCCGAGGGUCGUGCCAUGGUUACUCCAGCCUCUAUAUUUGAGGAGAUGGGAGCUACUGACGACGAUCUCUCAAUUGCUUCGACUCUUGGAGAGACCAGUGUUGGUCAUGUUCCCAAGGAUCUUGACACUGCUGAGCGGAGCCCAUCUGCAAAUGUCGAUACUAGCGACCCAGCCAUCGAGAGUUUGUUCACAGAAGUCGAUAUGAUGGACCCCAAUGCGGCGUCCAAGGCUGAUGUCGACCUCGAUGAACCCGCUGAGGCAGAGGGAGUCACCCUGAAAUCCAAGGCGCAAACCAAAAAGCGAAGCGAGAGGAGCACUUGGCUCUGGCUCCCUCUUACCUUCCGACCAGUCCCUGCCAAGGGCGAAUGGGAUCUGACACGGAUCCGCAACAGCCAGUAUUUCUUCUCUUAA